UAUAAUUUCUGUUAGAAAUAGAAAUGUAAUGAUAGAACACACUAAUAAGAAAUGGCGCGUAUAAGUAUGAGUUUUAAUCAAACGUCUGCUACAAAUGUUUCUUUUCUGAAUACGGACGACAAUCAAACACUAACUGAUCGUACACAAUACGAAGAUAUCACCGCAGAACAAUAUAUUGAAGGAAUAUUACUUACUUUUAUCUGUUUAGUAUCUGUGCUAGGAAAUAUCUCAAUUUGGAUUAUAGUAUUAAGAUCUCGUGCUUUGAGAACAAUUACAAAUUGCUUUCUUUUAGUUCUCUCAGCAUUUGACCUGCUAGUGUCAUUAAUAAAUAUACCAGUUACUGUCUUAACCAUAUUUUCAGGUGAAUGGUUUUUAUCAGACGGAGCAUGCAUAGUUUUUGGAUUUACAAAUAUGGUGACGUUGUGUGGAAGUGUUCUGUCUUUAUGUAAUAUUAGCAUUAACAGAUACGUUAUGGUUUGUCAUCCUUCCAAGUUUAUUGAAGUAUACAAAAGGAAAAACGUUGCAACUAUGAUUGUUGCAUCUAUAGCAGUGACUAUUGGCGUCUCCAUCCCACCAUUAAUUGGCUGGUGUGAAUACUCAUACACUCCAUCGCAGUACAUAUGCUUUGCCAACUGGCUAAUGUCAUUAUCAUAUUCCCUUUUUAUGAUAUGCUGUUGUUUCGGUGUUCCCCUUGUUGUUAUGAUCUUUUGUAACUAUAAAAUUUACAGAACAGUGAAGAUCAGUAAAAAUAAAAUUAUGGAUAAUUACACUGUACAAAUGUCAAUGUCUAAAGAUGAAAGCGAAAGCACACUGUCAGACAACACCGGUCAACAAAGUUUUGGACAAGAACACAAUCAGCGCAUUGGAAUUGGAAAUCAAGAUUUAAACAACGACACACAUUUCGACGCCAACAAAGGCAAUAGAAUAUUAUCGACCAUUUUUCAAUUUAAAACCUCACCUUCUAAACUGCCAGUAGUGUCCAAAGUGUCCAAGACAAAACCAGAAGAAAUAAGACUUGCCAUAAUGCUUGGUACAAUAGUUGUUGUGUUUUUCGUUUGCUGGUUCCCUUAUUGUAUAAGUAUGAUAUUAAGCAUUGUAGCACCUGGUAAAGUGCAUAGAAUAUUUCAUAUGUCGACGCUAAUAAUCGGUUAUUUCAACAGCUGCUGUAAUCCAAUAAUAUAUGGACUUCUGAAUAAGAGAUUUGCUGAUGGAUUUAAAAAGUUAUAUUGUUUUUGCAGAAACAGAAGAAUAUUAAACUUAUAAUGAUAUAAUACGAAAGUGUGUAUAUUGAAAUGUUAUGCAAAAUACAAAUUCUCUUCGUCAGUUUGAUAACACAGGAAACACAUGUCAUGUGCUUUAGAAUUUGUUUGUAUAAUGAAUCCUGCCUUUACAAUAUCUAGAUUUAACAUUAGAGAUUCAAAAUAUAAAAGGAGAACAGAUUUUGAAUAAUAGCAUUACUGAAGAUGUUGCUAUAAAGCUUGUAAAUUAAGAAAAGAUCCAUAUAAAGUUAUAAGUUCAUUCAAAAAAUUAUAACAACAUGUAAGCUUUGUUAUACAAUCUUUUUAAAAGUAUUGUUAUUGUAAGAUUUUUU